AUGGCUGGUAAUGUGAGUCAUGUCUCUGGUCCCAUACAGUCAUUCGUAUUUCUGGAUGUGGAGGCUAGUGGACUUUUCCCAAUCGAUGCAAUGAAUCCACUGGAUGAUCCACCAAUUCCAGGCAGUCAAAGGGACUUGUCUCAAAUAUUACUCAAUCAUAUCAGGCUUACUAGUUCCAAUCAAGCCCCUCAUAUUAUGGAAAUCAGCCUUGUUUCGGCUACAAGAAAAGCAAUUUUAUCUGGGAUUCGAAAGAUGGAUGCAGUGAUGAAUAAUGAUGAGGCAGAUGAUCAAGCAUCACUUCGUUCCAGAUCCAGUAGUUUCCGAAUUCCAUGCAACAUCUAUUCCGCACAGAUAAAACCUAAAAUGAACCAGAAAGAAUGGACAGAGUACGAGAAAGGACGCUUUCUACGUAGCGUUUUUGUUUACUCUCGGGAAGACUUGGAAGACAAGAACGAUUUUGCCACGGAAUGGAAAGGAUUGAAACUUUUUUUAGAACAAACGCGGAAGCCAGUUUGUAUAAUCGCUCACAAUGGACUAAGGUUUGAUUUUCGUAUAUUAUACGCAGAGUUUGAACGAAGUGGUCUUCUGGAUAUCAGUCCUAUUCCUAACCAGGUUUAUUUUGUAGAUUCUUAUUUGAUGUUUCUGGAUCUGGAAAAGAAGUUCCAUGACGAAUUACGGACUGCCAUUCAGCUGCUAGAUUGGGGCCGUUUAUCACCACAACUGAAUAGUGAAAAUCCACUGCCAUCACCACAGAAAAUGUCGUCAUGUUCAGUAGAUGUAAAUUCAAGGACUCAUAUGGACAUUAUUUCUAAACCAUCAGGAUCAGGGACACUCGAAGUAGAGGGCAUCUCUGUAAGCGCACUGAAGACUGACAGUUCGACUGUUAGCUGGAAAUCACAAGAUACCACCACGUUUGUUGUUCCGGUUGAAUGUUCAACUAGAAUCGGACCGAAAAGACCUGCUAGAAGGCAGCUUUUUAUCCAUACAUCAGAUGACCAUCCAUUAAACUUUAUCCGUGCGACGAAAUGGUCACCAGCUAAGAAGAAACGUAUUCUACCGAAUCUUUUCAAACGUUCGAAUGAAGGUGACUGGUUAUUCAAUAAUCAUUUUUCGAUUGCAUAUUUUCGUGAAAAAGGCGCCUUCAAAUUGGAUUCCAUGUAUAAACAGUUGUUAAGUGGCGAUUAUGAUGCCCAUUAUGCUAGAGAUGAUUGUGAAGCUUUGCUGAAAAUUUGCAUAGCAUAUGGAGAAGAAUUUGUGGAAUAUGUGGACACGCAUGCUGUUAAAUUUCCAUUUUAG